GCGUCUACGUCAGCGUGCUGACGUCAGGAGCCGGGUAAUCGUGGAGGUUCGGGCGGCUGGCGGCCGGCGGUGGGCUGCGCCUCGCCUGCGGGGCUCGAUCCAGGGUCCCGCCCUGCAGAGCCCGCCCCUCUGCUCGCGAGGCCCCCCACGGGCGCGACCACGGAGUUGUGGUCCCUGGGCCAGCCUGGGGCAGCAGGCCCGGACCACCCCAUGAGGCCUCUGCUCUCUAGGGAUGGUGAGGUUGGAAAAAGGCUCCUGUAACUCCCCUCCAGGAUGAACUCCCUGCCAGCAGACAUGGAGAACGCUCUCACAGGGAGCCAGAGCUCUCACGCGUCUUUGCGCGAUGUCCAUUCCAUCAACCCUGCACAGCUCAUGGCCAGGAUUGAAUCCUAUGAAGGAAGGGAAAAGAAAGGCAUAUCUGAUGUCAGGAGGACUUUCUGUUUGUUUGUCACCUUUGACCUCUUAUUUGUAACAUUACUGUGGAUAAUAGAGUUAAAUGUGAAUGGAGGCAUUGAGAACACGUUAGAGAAGGAGGUGGUGCAAUAUGAUUUCUACUCUUCUUAUUUUGAUAUAUUUCUUUUGGCAGUUUUUCGGUUCAAAGUGUUAAUACUUGCCUACGCUGUAUGCAGACUGCGCCAUUGGUGGGCAAUAGCAUUGACGACAGCAGUGACCAGUGCCUUUUUACUAGCAAAAGUGAUCCUCUCAAAGCUUUUCUCUCAAGGGGCUUUUGGUUAUGUGCUGCCCAUCAUUUCAUUCAUCCUUGCCUGGAUCGAGACGUGGUUUCUGGACUUCAAAGUGUUACCUCAAGAGUCAGAAGAAGAAAACAGACUCCUGAUAGUUCAGGAUGCUUCGGAGAGGGCGGCACUCAUUCCUGGUGGCCUUUCCGAUGGCCAGUUUUAUUCUCCUCCUGAAUCUGAAGCAGGAUCUGAAGAAGCUGAAGAAAAGCAGGACAGUGAAAAGCCACUUUUAGAGCUAUGAGUCCUACUUUUGUUAAAUUUAAAAACCCUCAUUGAGAAUCACCGGAGGCAAAAAGCACCAGAGAUGGGGUCUCCGUCUGGAAAGUUGAAAUGGUGACAUCACUGCUGACGUGAUUGAUUGGCUAAUAAAGAAUUUAUUUAUCGUAAUACCUCACAGACACUGUAUCAUAUUCACAAACGUUUAGUAACCUGCCUGUGGCUGGUAAGAUAAUGUCAUGAUCCAUCCUGUAUUCGUGAGAUUGAGUCUGACCUGUUAAUGAGUAGUUGCAGAAUGGUCUUAUACUGUAUCCUAAUCAAAGGACUUCUUAAUAUAUUAGCAUAACACUUCUUUGGUAAGCAAAUACCUUUUUAUUUGAAUUCACAGAGUGGAAUUGUUUUGUUUCAUGUCUCAGAUUUCUUUUUUUAACACCCUACAUUUUCUUUGUCUUUUUUAACUCAUGCACAUGUGCUCUUUGUACAAUUUUAAAAGUAAUAAAAUCCAGCAUAUCAAAAUUA